AACCACUGUAAUUUGUGAAUUUUUAGGUUAUAUUUACUUUUUUUACUCAGAAAAUUUAAUGGCAAAUGGCUUGUUUUUGGUCCAAUCAAAACAAAACAAUAAUCGAAAUACCUUCCACUGAAGAAAGUAAUAAUAUAACUUACUAUAAAAUCAAAGUUUUAGUAGGAGAUUUCCAUUGGACAAUAACUCAUCGAUACAGUGAAUUUUAUGAUCUUCAUAACCAGCUAGUCAUAGAUCAUGGAGUAUCAAAAGAAAUAUUACCUUCGAAAAAAGUUAUUCGAAAUAAGUGCCCAAUUUUCAUUGAGAACCGGAGAAGAGGCCUUGAAGAAUAUUUACAAAAAAUCCUCUUAUUCUUGAAAAGAACCAUGCCUAAAAUCCUCGUAGAUUUUUUACACUUCAAUGUGUAUGAUAUUUUCUUCUUGUUGCAAGAUCUUUCAUCAAAACUAUUCUUAGAAGCAGAUUUUAUAUUAACAUCUCGGAAACCUCACUACUUCAGUACCCUAGAGCUCUAUGCAAUUAGUGAAUUUUUGAAGAAACCACUUUUAGACAAUACGGAGAGUAGGUUUGAUAUAAGUCCUGUACUCGAUUUGUGCUCUCAGCUGAAUUUUAUCAAGAUCAUUGGGGGAACCAAACCUUAUUUACAGAGCAAUAUAAUUUUCAACAAACUACAUUUUGAGCUGUCUCCAUUUAAGGAGCUGAAAAGUUUACAUAUGAAAAAUGUAUCCUUUGAAGUAAUUUUUUCCCUGGGAAAUUUGCGAAAUACUCUUGUUAAUCUCACUGUAAAUAACACAGAUGUCACCACCAUUUCCCAGAUUUUGCAGUGUGACGUUAUCCAUAAACACAAUUUGGAAGGAAGUCAGGUAAAUACUUUAUUUCACUGUGACACUUUAAUAACAAGUAGCAAUAUUGUGAAAAGCCUGUCUAUCAAUGAUCCUGAAUACAUUUCUGAGAUAAAUCAGGUUGAAGAUUUGGAAAGAAAUCGUUUCAACGGUUUGAAAUUUUUCAUCUAUAAGGUAACAAUGAGAGAGAUUAUGGUAUUACGUUUUUUAUUUGAAAUUGUUUUAUUUUGUGUCAGUGCUAAUUCAGAUACAAUUUAUGAUUGUCGACAAACAAUUGUUUUCAAAAACUAAAAAGUUUGGCAAAGU